AUGCCGACCCGGUUUACGAAGACACGCAAGCACCGCGGCCACGUCAGUGCCGGUAAGGGUCGCGUUGGAAAGCACAGGAAGCAUCCGGGUGGUCGUGGUAUGGCCGGUGGUAUGCACCACCACCGCACGAACCUCGACAAAUACCAUCCCGGUUACUUCGGUAAGGUGGGCAUGCGCCGAUUCCACCUGCUGAGAAAUCACCAAUGGAACCCGGUCAUCAACUUGGACAAGCUCUGGACGCUUGUUCCUGCUGAGGUCCGUGAGAAGUACCUGUCUGGCGAGAAGAAGGACACCGCCCCCGUCAUCGACCUGCUCCCUUUCGGCUACUCGAAGCUCCUCGGAAAGGGCCGUCUCCCCGAGAUACCACUGGUUGUUCGCGCUCGCUACGUCAGCAAGCUUGCCGAGCGCAAGCUGAAGGAGGCCGGUGCUGUUGUUGAGUUGGUCGCAUAG